CACCCCGGCCGCGCGCGCACACUCUGGCUAGCGCUGCCCUCGGUGUCAGUGUCCCGGCUCCCCAUCCGCUCCGGCUGUCCCGUGGCCUCGGCACCUGGCGGUCACUGCGGCUGUCCCGUGGCCUCUGCACCUGGCGGUCACUGCGUCCCAGAGCCAGCGCCCCUGACCCUCGGGGCCAGGGAAGGCCAUGGUGUCCCUGUUGCAGGUUUUGUUCCUGGGGCUGAGUACCUUCGCACCCGCCUCCUGCGCCCAGUUCCAGCUGCACGUGCCCUCGGGCCGCGACAGGGUCCUCGCGGUGGAGGGAGACGAGGUGGUGCUGCCGGCCUGGUACACCUUCCAGGGGGAGGCGGCCUCGGCCCAGCCCUGGGAGACGCUCACCCUGAUGUGGUUCCUGGAGCAGGAAGGGCAGGACCUGAAGCAGGUGUUGGCGCACAUCAAUGGGGCUACAACAAGCCAAGAUGGAGUGUCCCUGGUCUACCCCAGGCCCUCCCGGAAUGUGUCCCUGCGGCUGCAGGGCCUCCGGGAGAAAGAUUCCGGGUCCUACCGCUGCUCUGUGAACGUGCAAGACAAGCAAGGCACAAGCAGGGGCCACGACAGCAAAACUUUAAAACUUGACGUGUGGGUUCCUCCAGCUCCUCCAUCCUGCCAUCUUCUGGGUGCGCCCCGUGUGGGGACCAAUGUGACCUUGAGCUGCAAGUCCCCAAGGAGUAAGCCCGCUGCCCUGUACCAGUGGGAGCGGCUACAACCAUCUGUUGAGGUUUUCUUUGCACCAGUUUUAGAUGCCAUAUCUGGCCUUUUAAGCCUCCGAAACCUUUCCAGUUCUAUGUCUGGAGUCUAUAUCUGCAAGGCCUCCAACAGGGUGGGCAGCACCAGCUGCAACGUGACCCUGGAAGUGAGCACAGGGCCUGGGGCUGCAGUGGUUGCUGGAGCUGUUGUGGGCACCCUGGUUGGAUUGGGGCUGCUAGCUGGACUGGUCCUCUUGUACCAACGCCAGGGCAAGGUCCCAGAGGAGGUGGCCAAUGAUAUCAAGGAAGAUGCCACGGCUCCUCGGACCCUGCCCUGGCCGAAGGGCUCAGACACAAUCUCCAAGAAUGGGACCCUUUCCUCUGUCACCUCGUCACCAGCCCUCAGACCGCCCCACGGCUCUUCCAGGCUGGGUGCAUCGACCCCCACACGCAGUCUGGGUUGGGUCUCACCCUCUGCUCUGAGUCGCAAGGGUGCUGUCCCCGUGAUGGUGCCCGCCCAGAAUCAGGCUGGGUCUCUGGUGUGAGGGCCCAGUGAUUUGUGGGCAGAGCCAUCUGGUCUCUCCUUCCUACAGUAAUUACAAUGGGGGUUACCCCAGCAUAAAGGCCUGAGUCUGGGGGGUUUGGCCCUCUCUAGAUCUCCAGUCCUUUGCACCCAUCCUCCUUUACUAUGGGAAAACUGGGUCUUAGUUAAGACUCAAACUUCCAGGAGGUAGAAGAAGAAGAGGAAAUGGACCUGGGGCUGGGAAGAGCCUGAACCCCCUCCUGGGACCACCCUAAUACAGCAGAGGAAUGCUGCUGAGAUUGGCUACCUCCUACCCCCCAGCCCUGGUGGAGACUUCCAGUCAAUGAGUCCUUCCGGCCCUCUUGACCUCUAUCCCACCCCCAUCUAACACUACCCUUCACUCCCACUCCAGCUCCCUGCAUUAAUAUACCCUGUCCUGCUGGCUUGGUUGGGUUUUGUUGGGGCAGGGGACAGGGAAGAUAUUUGUUAAACUAACUUGAAAUGCGUGUUUUAAGAUGUGUGUUUUUAUUUUUAUUUUACAAACUGCAAUAAAGAUAUAUUGUGUUUGUAUGGA